AUGAAGACCGGUAUAAAAGAAGGCCUUCCCCGGCCUCUUGUUACCGUGCUCUUGCGAGUAUUGGAGUACUAUAACGGAGUUCUCUUCCUAACCACGAACCGUAUUGGAGACUUUGACGAAGUUUUUGCCUCUAGAGUUCAUGUCAGCCUCUACUACCCACAUCUCGAUCUUCAAUCCACGCCAAAGAUCUUUGAGCUGAAUCUUGAAAGAAUUGUCAAACAGUCUCAAGAAAAGAACAGGGCGAUCACCAUUGAUCAAGAAAAGAUCAUGCAGUUCAUCCACCUCCAUUGGGAGAGCAAGGACAGGAUGCGAUGGAAUGGCAGACAAAUACGAAACGGCUGUCAAACAGCGCUGGCUUUGGCCGAGUUUGAGGCGCAGGGCGGCAAUCUCGAGCGAGUCGUUGAUGCUAACGCAGAGGUCAAAAUUACUUACAAGCAUAUCAGAAUCGUUUCCAAGUCGUACCGGGAGUUUAACCAUUACCUCGAAAGAGUUUACGACCGUGAUUUGGACAGAAGGGCCAAGUACAUGGGCAUCCGCGCACGAGAUAUUGGAGCUACAUCAGGCCCUUUUGGUUUUGAAAAGCAAAGUGUAUUCAGCUAA